AUGCCAUCUCAGAGAAAGGUAUAUGAUGCUGAGGGUAUAAAUAUUGACAUAGCUGAUGAGAGUGGAAUAUCUCUUAAGGCUUCACAUGAUCUUAUUAGUGCUAUAGCAGGAGGGAAGGAAUUUGUAGGGUUCACGCGAGAGGAUCAGAAAACCUACUUACGUGCAAAAAGACAGCGGAACUUGCAGUAUGGCGAAACGGGGAGUUUGUUAAGAUAUUUCCAGCAGCAAGUGGCAGAAAAUCCAUAUUUUUACUAUGCCAUUCAGUUGGAUGUAGAUGAGAUGAUUACUAAUAUUUUUUGGGCUGAUCAUCAGAUGAUAACAGAUUAUGGGCUUUUCGGUGAUGCGGUGUCAUUCGACACAACUUUCGAACAAAUAAGGAGAAAAAAGCUUGUUAGUUUUUUCACAGAUCAAGAUCAAGCAAUGGCUAAGGCAAUUUCACAAAUCAUGCCUGAGGUUUUUCAUGGGUUGUACACUUUUCACCUAACGCAAAAUGCUUUGAAGCAUUUAGGUUACUUGUUCAAGAGUGGUUCAAAAUUUAGUAGCGAUUUAAAAGCUUGCAUUUAUGACUACGAGAAUGAGCAUGAAUUAAUUGAAGCUUGGAAUUCUUUGAUUGAUAAAUACAACUUGCAAGAGAAUGAGUGGAUGAAAAGAACUUGGAGAACAAGAGAGCAGUGGGCGCAUGUGUAUAUGAAGUGGGUAUUUACUGGAGGAAUGCGAAGCACACAACUUAGUGAAAAUAAGUGGUAUGAGGAAAUUUCUGCAAUAUAUGACUCUAGACAAAAGUUGCCAAGAAUGAAAUUGAAAAAGUCUCCCAUUUUAAUCCAAGUUGCGAGUUUGUACACCCCUUCUAUCUUUGAUUUAUUUCAUUGUGAGUUGGAUACGUCCCUUUGUUGUCAAGUGAAGCAAUUUCAUGAGUUAGAAGGAGAAGGUAAGUGCGUGAUUGGCUUGUAUGGUAAUGGUAAAGAGUAUAUUGUGGAGGGUAGGGUGGAAGUUAUUGGGCUAAGAGGAGAAAAAAGCUGUCAAGAAAUACAUUGUACUUGUAAGAAAUUUGAGAACUUUGGAAUUUUAUGUAGUCAUGCAAUCAAAGCAUUUGAUAGAAUGAAUGUUAUGAAAAUUCCCAAAAGGUAUAUAUUAGGCCGAUGGAGAUUGGAUGCAAAAGAUUGUGAAGUUGAAGAGAAAAAUGUUGUAGUGGAUGAGGAUGAUCCGAAGUUGUUAAUAUUAGCACGUUAUAGAGAUCUUUGUCCAAGAAUGGUGAAACUAGCAACUCAAGCAUCUAUGCACAAACCUGCCUAUCAAUUGGUUGAUGAAGGAAUUAAGGAAUUAUGUGUAAAAGUAAAUAAUAUGAUUAAGGGAGUUGAAAAUUUUGGUACCAAUGAAUUAGAUGUGGACGACCCCAACUUUGCACAAGUUAAGGGCAUAAAGAAGAAAGAUGUUGGACACAAAGGGAGGGGUAGAUUAAAACCUUGGCAUGAGAUGAUGAAUAAGAAGACAAAAGUUAUUUCACAACCUACCCGCCUUAGUAAGACUAUUGGUCAAUCAAGCAACACUACAAAUGUUCAAAAUUCAUCCUCAAGCCAACAACAGAUUAUUGGUCAAUCAAGAAACACUACAAAUGUUCAAAAUUCAGCCUCAAGCCAACAACAGACUAUUGGUCAAUCAAGCAACACUACAAAUGUUCAAAAUUCAUCCUCAAGCCAACAACAGACUAUUGGUCAAUCAAGCAACACUACAAAUGUUCAAAAUUCAUCCUCAAGCCAACAACAGACUAUUGGUCAAUCAAGCAACACUACAAAUGUUCAAAAUUCAUCCUCAAGCCAACAACAGAUUAAUAGUCUUGCUGCUUAUAUAUUGGCAGCCAACUUCUUCAUCAUCAUCGUCGUCAUCUUCAUUGUCAUUGUUUUGGUCUUGGUCUUGGUUUGGAUUUUGGUCUUUCUCGAUUGA